GAAAAAUCCAUCCACUGACUUCCUUCACUUAAUCCUAUGUUCUCAACUAUUAUCAUUGACAGAAACUAAGCUCAGAAUACAUCAAAAUGGCACAUAAUUCUAUCUCAUUACUUCCCAUAAAAUCCAUCAACAUUUCCUCCUCUUCCUCUAGUUCUUGUUAUGGAGCUCUUAGUCCCCUGCAACCUCCUCAAAAAUCAUUCAAGAUUGUCUGUCAAAUGGAAAGGUCAAACAAUACAGAAGUAAAGAAGUGGAAAGCCAUUGUUUCAACUGCAUUAGCAGCUGCAGUGAUUACAUUUAGCUCAAACAUGACUGCUAUGGCUGACUUGAAUAAGUUUGAGGCAGAAACUAGAGGUGAAUUUGGUAUUGGUUCAGCUGCUCAAUUUGGUUCGGCUGACCUCAAAAAAACAGUUCAUACAAAUGAGAACUUCAGAAGAGCCAAUUUCACAUCUGCUGAUAUGAGGGAAUCAGAUUUCAGUGGUUCAACAUUCAAUGGUGCAUAUCUUGAGAAAGCAGUUGCCUAUAAAGCGAACUUCUCAGGGGCAGAUUUGAGUGACACAUUGAUGGAUCGGAUGGUUCUCAAUGAAGCUAAUCUCACUAAUGCUGUUCUUGUUAGAUCUGUUCUGACUCGUAGUGACCUCGGGGGUGCUAUCAUUGAAGGUGCUGAUUUCAGUGAUGCAGUUAUUGAUCUCCUUCAGAAACAGGCACUGUGCAAGUAUGCUAGUGGAACUAACCCUGUGACCGGGGUUAGCACCAGAAAAAGUCUAGGCUGUGGAAAUAGCAGACGAAAUGCGUAUGGAAGUCCAUCUUCUCCAUUGUUAAGUGCUCCACCUCAGCAGUUGCUCGAUCGAGAUGGAUUUUGUGAUCCAGCUACAGAUCUCUGUGAUGCAAGCUGAAAAAAAUGUUCAUGUAGAUAAAUAUAUGCGGAAAGGAAAGAGUUCGGGAGGUUUACAUCUCCUUCACAUUAUGCAAGCAUAGUUUGAAUCAGGCAGAAAACAUAGGCUAUGUUUUGAGCAUUAUCAGUUCAAUUAUGUUGCAUGUAUGUCAAAAUCUGAAUGCAAAUACUUGAUACGUCAACAUUGUUGUUGAUGACAACUUUGCUCUGCAAUUAAUUGAAAAAGUAGUAAAUAUUUAUGUAAUCUGCAAUCAGCAGUCAUGUUUUAUGAUCA